AGGGGGUUCGCGCCGCGCACGGUGCUGCCGCCGCCGCCAUAGUGGGAGCCGCGGGAAAAAUGCAAGUAACACCUUUCUCUCUGCUGGGAUUUGUUUUGUCUCUGUCAUUAAAAACAGGAUUGUCAAGUUAUUGGUGGUGUGAAGUUGCAGACAGGAUGAACAUCAAGCUGUAGGCACAGUGGCAGCUUUUUCAGAGUCCUUCCCAUGGAUUUUUACCAGUGGCCGUGUACUUGCUGACAUCAAUAACCAGAAAAACAUACUUCAGCUUUAGGUGAGGAUUCAGAAUGGGAGACAAGCCUAUCUGGGAGCAGAUUGGGUCCAGCUUUGUACAACAUUACUACCAGAUUUUUGAUGCGGACAGGACUCAGUUAGGAGCAAUAUAUAUUGAUGCAUCAUGCCUUACGUGGGAAGGACAGCAGUUCCAGGGCAAAGCAGCUAUUGUUGAAAAACUCUCUAGCCUCCCUUUCCAAAAAAUACAACACAGCAUCACAGCACAAGACCACCAGCCUACACCUGACAGCUGUAUACUCAGUAUGGUAGUGGGACAGCUUAAGGCUGAUGAAGACCCUAUCAUGGGAUUCCACCAGAUGUUUCUAUUAAAGAACAUCAACGAUGCCUGGGUUUGCACCAAUGACAUGUUCAGGCUAGCACUGCACAACUUUGGCUGAGCUGGCGAUCCCGAGGCACCCAUGCUUUUUUUGGUUGGAUUUUUUUUUCCAUUUUCUUUUUUUUUUUGUUUUUCUCUUACUGGUAUUAUUCACACUCACGGAACAUUCCAAAUAUCAUACACAAACCUGCGACCCUGCAGAGCGUGAGCGAGCAAGACCUGAGACCUGCCCUUCUGCUGAGUUUACAUUGUCACUAGAUGAGUUCUUGUGCAUGAUGUUUGGAAGUUUGACUUCUUAGCUGCAUUUGACAAGAGAAAUUUGUGUUGUACCAGCAUGCCUCGGAAAGAAUUUAUAAUGCAAAAGGUUGUUGUUUAUGUACUGACAAGAUGCUCUAUAACCCAAAGAAAUGAAAGAACAGCAGCCUGUACAGCCCAGAUAUUGAUUUGUUCAGAUGUUUCAAUGCUACAUUACACAAUAAAACCAUAAGAUUUUCUUAACAGUUUAAA